AUGUCCGCGCUGCGCUUGCUGUCGUCCACCUCCCGGCGAGUACCCUCGGCGUUCCUUCAGCAAAAGCGUGGGUAUGCAGAAGCUGCGAGUAAACUCAACCUGUCCCUAGUUCUUCCUCACCAAGCAAUUUUUACUUCGACAGAUGUUGUUCAGGUGAACAUCUCAGCAGCCACCGGAGACAUGGGUAUCCUCGCCAACCACGUUCCUUCCAUCGAACCCAUCCGUCCUGGUGUUGUUGAGGUGAUUGAUUCGAACAACACGUCAAAGAAGUGGUUUGUUUCCAGUGGCUUUGCCAACGUGCACCCUGGCAACAAACUCACUAUCAAUGUGGUCGAGGCCGCUCCUCUCGACUCGUUUUCUCCUGAGGCAGUACGGACUAACCUUCAAGAAGCAUUAAAAGUUGCCGCAGGAAAUGGAUCAGAGGAAGACAAGAUGGAGGCCCGGAUAGAGGCUGACGUUUACGAAGCACUGCAACAUGCUCUGGGCUCGAAAUGA